AUGGCGGCCUUUACCCGCUUGCUGGAGCGACUAGGAAGGACCACUCGAGCUCAGGAGGUGGCGGAGCAAGAGGUGGAGGAGUGCAGCGUCCCUGGCUCGUCUGGGAGUCUCCUGGCUGCGCCCCGGUGCUGGCAGAGGCUACACGGGGGUGCGGCGGCUGCAUCCGGCCUGCGCUUCGGGGCGAGUGCGGUGCAGGGCUGGCGCGCACGCAUGGAGGACGCGCACUGCGCUCGGCUGGCUUUGCCCGGGCUCCCAUCAGGAUGGGCGUUUUUCGCUGUCCUGGAUGGCCAUGGAGGAGCGCGGGCCGCACGAUUCGGAGCGAGCCACCUCCCAGGUCACGUGCUGGGGGAACUAGGUCCUGCGCCUCGGGAGCCGGACGGCGUGCGCCAGGCUCUUCGUAGCGCCUUCCUCCAAGCAGACUCGCAGCUGAGCGCGCUCUGGCCUCGCGGCGACCCCGGUGGCUCGACGGCUGUGGUUCUGCUCGUGUCUCCGCGAUUCCUCUACCUGGCGCACUGCGGGGACUCGCGUGCGCUACUGAGCCGCUCGGGCUCGGUGGCCUUCUGCACCGAGGACCACCGUCCCCACCGGCCUCGGGAACGCGAGCGCAUCCACGACGCCGGUGGCACAGUCCGUCGCCGGCGCGUGGAAGGCUCCCUGGCCGUGUCCCGAGCCCUAGGUGACUUCGCCUACAAGCAGGCACCGGGGAGGCCUCCUGAGCUGCAGCUCGUGUCUGCUGAGCCUGAGGUGGCUGCGCUGGCACGCCAGGAUGAGGACGAGUUUGUUCUCCUGGCUUCUGAUGGAGUGUGGGAUGCUCUCUCUGGUGCUGAUCUGGCGGGGCUAGUGUCGUCGCGCCUGCGUUUGGGCCUGGACCUGGAGCUACUCUGUGCGCAGCUGUUGGACACAUGUUUGUGCAAGGGAAGUCUGGAUAACAUGACCUGCAUGGUGGUCUGCUUCCCUGGGGCCCCCAGGCCUUGUGAGGAGGCAAUCAGCAAGGAGAUGGCUUUAGAUGAAGCCCUGAGCCACAGGGUUGCUGAGCUGUAUGCCUCUGCUCAGGAACCUCCAUGCCUAAACACGGUUUUCAGGACCCUGGCCUCAGAGGACAUCCCCGGCUUGCCUCCUGGAGGAGGGCUACACAGCAAGGCCGCUGUCAUUGCUGAAGCUUACUCUAAACUGCAUCAGACCCCAGGGGGAUGUCAAGAGAAGAGGUGAGAUGGGGCAGAAGCCAUCGGCAUUCACUCAAGCCUUGAACUCAGGCCUGACAGCUGCUGUCCUAGGGGGAAAUCUGUGCUUCCCUACCAGGAGAGUCAGGGGAAGGAAGGCCAGUUGAGGAGGAACCUAGACUCUUCAUUUCCUCUUCUGCUCCUCCUUCACCAGUCUCAUGAGGGGGAAUUCCACCAUCUCCCAACA